GCAUAGAUCACAACUCUGCGUACCUAAGCACUCUUUUAGAACAAUUAAGAAAUCAAGAAUUAGCAUCAGCAACUGAUUUUAUGCUAAUCAACACCGUAGGGUUAGCAAUGAGUAUGGCUUAUUGG